AUGGCCACCGACGCUUCUGUUUCAAGCAUCAAACUCAUGAACCAGGAUCUUGUGAAACUAGAUCGCUUUGAUGGAACAAACUAUACCCGUUGGCAAGACAAAAUGACUUUUCUUCUAACUACUCUGAAAAUUCAAUAUGUCUUGGAUCCUGACUUGGAGGAAAUUCCAGAACCCACUCCAGAUGACACCGAUGAAAUAAAGAAGGAGAGAAAGAAACGUAAGGAAGAUGAAUUGUUGUGCCGUGGACACCUUCUGAACACAUUAUCCGAUCGUCUCUAUGAUCUCUACACUGAUACCGCAUCUGCAAAGGAAAUCUGGAAGGCACUUGAAUUCAAAUUUAAAGCCGAAGAAGAAGGUACGAAAAAGUUCUUAAUAUCUAAAUACUUUGACUUUAAAAUGUUGGAUUCAAAGCCUAUUCUUGCACAAGUACACGAGUUACAGGUUCUCGUGAAUAAAAUAAAGGCCGAAAAAAUUGAUGUCCCUGAGGCUUUCCAAGUCCGUGCAAUCAUAGCAAAAUUGUCACCUUCAUGGAAAGGAUACAGAAAGAAAUUGCUGCAUAGUUCCGAGGAUCUCUCGUUGGAGAAACUCCAGAAACACCUUCGAAUCGAGGAAGAAAUGAAGGAUCGUGAAAAGAUCGAGUCCUCCGGAUUUGCAAAGGCAAAUGUUGUUGCUGCAAAAGGAAAGAAAAAGUAUGAUGGCACAAAAAACCAUCUUGGUCCAAAGAAAGAUCAUAACAGGCACAACAGGCCCAAAACUGAGGUUAAUGUUGUUCAUGCAAAUGACGACAUAAUCGCUACUGUAAGCGAAAUUAUGGCCAUCAAAGGAAAAGUCCAAGGAUGGUGGUAUGAUACAUGUGCAACUGUACAUGUGUCUUAUGAUAAAGCGGCAUUCAAAACCUAUACCGAAGUCAAUGAUGGACAGGAGGUGCAAAUGGGCAAUGAAGUUCGAUCAAGAGUCGUUGGAACAGGAUCCGUCGAACUCAACUUCACCUCUGGAAAGAAAGUCACUCUUAUCAAUGUUCUUCAUGUUCGCGACAUGAGUAGAAACCUCGUUAGUGGGGACUUGUUGGGAAAACCUGGCAUUAAAUCUGUGUAUGAAUCAGGCAAUGUGACGGAGAUUACCAAGCUCACUGAUAAGGCGGUGGAGGAGGAGGAUCCUGAGGAAAUUGCAACAUGA